AAUCCAAGAAAUGGCAAAUCUGCUUUCCGACGGAAGAAGCUUCAGGCGACGCCAACAAUGGCGACAGCUUCCCCAUCAGGUCGAAGCAACAGAGAUGGAACAGCCAAAGCCAUGGUUGCCGACCACAUUUCUCAGUCUGUGCGAUCCACGUCAAAUCUCCUUCAUCUAAUGCAGCAAUCUUCUUCAGCUCAGGCUCAGUUAAGAAAGUUGCCAAAGAAUCUUUUGGCGAAAGCAUCUACCAUGAGAAAUACUGGGAAAAUCUUAGAGCAGAUGCCGCAGGUGGUUUCAUCAUUAGAUGCAUAUGUUGAGAAGGGACUAGAAAGCAUUCCUCGUUUGCAAACUGUCGUGCAAUUACUUACAAACAUGGAAAGCUCCCAGCUGAAAUCUCUCUCUCAAUUCCAACACCCUCAAGAGGAGAGCGAAUCUCUUCAUCAACCGAAAGAUGUGGACUAGCAAUUCUGUCCUUCCAAAACAUGUAAAGAUAAGGCCAUAAGAACAUUCACUUACCAAUUGUGAAGUGUGAACUAAUGAAUCCCAGUUGGAUCAAUCAAUGAAGAAGCCAAUUUUGGUUUCUGUGUUCCAUGCUUUCAAGCAUGGAUUUAAUUACCACGUCGAUAUCGAUAUAUAAAUUUUACCGAUCUAUGAGAUAUCGAUAACGAAGAUAAGUCGUGAAAUUAAUAAAAUUUAGUUAGAUUAAUAACUAAUUUUUUUGGACUAAAUAGAUAACAUUUCUUUUAUAUGUUUUAUGAGCAUUUAUAAAGAUGUUGAUAUUUGUGGAUGUUUAAUAUAAAUUUCGAACUCUUCGAUUUCAUCA